AUGUCAAACAAACGUGUCGUUGUACUUAGUGCUAGUAUUACAGGCAGUGUUGGCCAACUGGAUCAAAUUGGAUUAACUGGACUUAUAAAACUGAACCAUUGGACUUAUAAUUUCAGUAACUGGACUUAUAGUUCAAGUCCAGUCAAAAAUAACUGGACUUAUAAAG